UCGCCUGCCCCCGCCCCGCCGUCCCCAGCUGCUGCCGCGGGGAGCUGGGCAGGCCUUUAUAACCGCUUGGACGGCGCCGCUGCCGGGAGUGGGGCGCCGGUGUCGGCCAGCGUGGGAGGACGUAGGCGCCGUGGAGGUGAAAGAAGAAUCAAUCAUGUCAGCACUAAACUGGAAACCCUUUAUUUAUGGAGGUUUAGCAUCAAUCACUGCAGAAUGUGGUACUUUCCCCAUUGAUCUGACCAAAACACGUCUGCAGGUUCAAGGUCAAGUUAAUGAUGCCAAAUACAAAGAGAUCCGCUACCGUGGAAUGGUCCAUGCACUGGUCAGAAUAUGCAGAGAAGAAGGCUUGAAAGCCUUAUACUCUGGGAUUGCACCUGCAAUGCUACGUCAAGCUUCCUAUGGGACUAUAAAAAUAGGCACUUACCAGAGCUUAAAAAGAAUGUUUGUUGAGCAUCCAGAAGAUGAAACUCUGAUGAUAAAUGUUCUCUGUGGCAUUCUUUCGGGAGUAAUCUCUUCAUCUAUUGCCAACCCUACAGAUGUCUUAAAGAUCAGAAUGCAAGCCCAAGGGAGUGUGAUUCAAGGAGGAAUGAUGGGCAACUUCAUACAGAUCUACCAAAAUGAAGGCACAAAAGGGUUAUGGAAGGGAGUAUCACUGACAGCACAGAGAGCUGCUAUUGUUGUUGGAGUGGAACUGCCAGUGUAUGACAUUACUAAGAAGCACAUAAUUAUGUCUGGAUUUAUGGGAGAUACAGUAUAUACCCAUUUUCUCUCAAGUUUUACUUGUGGGUUGGCUGGAGCCCUUGCAUCCAACCCAAUUGAUGUUGUGAGAACACGCAUGAUGAAUCAGAGAAGCCAGCAACACGGAGGACACUCACACUACAAGGGUACCUUGGACUGCAUGUUACAAACAUGGAAGAAUGAAGGCUUCUUUGCUCUUUAUAAAGGAUUUUGGCCAAACUGGUUAAGGCUUGGUCCUUGGAAUAUCAUUUUCUUUCUGACAUAUGAACAGCUGAAGAAAUUGGACUUGUGACAGGCUGAACUCCAUGUUGAAUUAUAUUAAUGUACUGUUUGAGUUUAGAGCAGCUUCUAAGUUAUCCUGAAUAUCUGCUCUGAGAUACUGGACAAAGAGGUCAUUACAAGGCUGUUGCAAAGGAGAACAACUUGGAAGUGACUUCAAGGCUAACUGGCUCCUGUGGCAAUGGCUUGCUCAUGUGAUUUGGUGAAUGAUAUGCACUAUUUUCUAGACUGAACCAAACAUGGUGGCAUACCUUCUGUCUGCUUUUGAAGUGCUAUUGAAUGUGAAGAUGUGUAAUGCAGUGUUGUUGUUGAGACUCAGAUGCACAGUGUUUAUAGGUGUAAGAACCAACAUUCUUUCUCUAAAGGAAGAUAGGUAGUACCAAGAAGCUGGGCUUCUCUUUUCAGAAGCGUGUACAACUUGGCUGUAAUAGCCUAUAGUCUCUAAUUAGCUGGAAGUUAGCAUGAGACAUCUUUGCAGGUUUUCAAUUCAGCAAAAUCUGAUUUGGGUUUUAGAGCUUUCCUGUGUUCCUAAGCCCUCAGAUGUCUGCAUGAAUAACUUGCUGGGAGUUAUCCAGCUUCAUUUGAAAGUGUUUGCUACAGCUGUCAGUUUUGCACAUCUUCAGGAAAGGUGGGGUUGUCCCCUCCCACACACCCCGACUUGUCAUUCAGCAUAAGUGACUCUUCAACAUACCCAUACAUACAUAUUCAUGUGCACAAACAAGCCCAUGCUCAUCUGCCUGUCUUGCAGAGAAGCUUUACAUUCUUCCAUUGUUGGGGAGAGCUACUUGUAAUGGCUACUAGCUGUUAUUUACAAAAUGCAAAGUUUUAGACUGAGUAGUUCAAGCUGUGUCAUAGGUGCCUAUGUGAAAAGAACCAAACCCUUCCAAAGGUAAGUCUACUGUAAGACUGCUUUUCUUGUUUUAAAAGAUACACUCAAACCAAAAAUGACUGAGCACUUGCAUACAGCAAACAGGCCCAGGUUGUGGUUACACACAAACAUAACUACAAACUCACAAACAUCACCUUUUUUGGCUUAAAUGUACAUCAAAACCUCAAGGCCACUAAACAAUUAUGCUGAAGUUCUUAAAAAUGCUCCUGUUGAAUUCCAGGAAAGGACCCUUGAGAGAUGCAGUUCAUCAGGUUAUUCUUCCCCUGUACUCAGCACUGCUCAGGUCACACCUUGAGUGCUGUGUCUAGUUCUGGGCCCCUCAAUUCAAGAGAGAUGUUGAAGUGCUGGAAGGUGUCCAGAGAAGGGCAACAAAGCUGGUGAGGGGCCUGGAACACAAACCCUAUGAGGAGAGGCUGAGGGAGCUGGGGAUGUGCAGCCUGGAGAAGAGGAGGCUCAGGGGGGACCUCAUUGCUGUCUACAACUACCUGAAGGGAGGUUGUAGCCAGAUGGAGUUGGUCUCUUCUCCCAGGCAAUCAGCAACAGAACAAGGGGACACGGUCUCAAGUUGUGGCAGGGGAGGUCUAGGCUGGAUGUUAGGAGGAAGUUGUUGUCAGAGAGAGUGAUUGGCAUUGGAAUGGGCUGCCCAGGGAGAUGGUGGAGGCAUCAUCCCUUGGGGACUUCAAGAAAAGACUGGCCGAGGCACUCAGUGCCAUGGUCUGGUUGAGUGUCUAGGGCUGGGUGCUAGGUUGUACUGGAUGAUCUUGGAGGUCUCUUCCAACCUGGUUGAUCCUAUGAUACAGUGCUCACAGAGGGUGGCAAAGCAGGAUAUAUAGCUUUGCAUUCUUUGUGGCUUUGUGUUAAUCCCCCUAAACACUUUUUUUGGUGGUCAUUCAUUCCACUUAAAAUCUAGUUGCAGUUUCAAAAUCAACCAAAAUCACUAAUUCUGAAUUCACAAAUGGAUUGUUAAAUGCACAAGGCACUUUCUUUCCUAAGGAACAAUGUUUUUCUAUAUAGAGCUAUGCUAACAUGCAGUGUUUUUCCUUCCAGCUGUUUCUAUGGUUUGAUAGGAGUCUUUGUAAAUAUUUUUUACACUAUGUAAGCCAAGUGUAUGCUUGAAACAUGUAAGCUUAGUAAAAGUUUUAAAACA